AUGACUUUACCGGUCUCACUAAUUGAUAUGCCAGAUUUGGUAUUAAAUAACAUUUUUUCGAAUUCCGAUCCUCGAUCGAUAUUGGUUCUCCGUAAAGUCUGUAGAGAUCUGAGGAAUUACAUUGACGACGUUAAACCGGAUCUUCAGAUUAAAUGCAUUGAAAUUUCUAUUGGACUAACAAGACAAAGAGCCAGAGAAGUUUCAUUGAUUCUCAUGGCUUCUAAAAGUUCUCAUCAUAUUUUUUAUCGAAAAUAUCGAAACGGAACAAUGGUCGUAUGCGGGAAGAAGAAAAAAGUGUUAGAAGAUGCUGAUUACUUCAACGUCUUUUAUGAAGAGCUCGAUUUCUUACUAUCGAGGCAAAAGUCACUUCUGAAUAGCUUCCGAUUGAAUCUCACUGAAUACGAUUCCGAGUUUUCAAAGUUAUUGAAAAGAACAUUAAAAAACAAAAAUGAAUUUCAAGAAUUAGAAGUUGAAUACUUUCAAAUAAAAGCGGAUAAGCACCAAGUGUUCGAAAUCCUGUCAAAUAUUUCUCCUAAAUCACUGUCUCGAAUCGAACUGCAUCUGGCUAAACCGACAGAAAUUGAGACAGAACAACUGGAGUUCAUGGAUCGAUUUCAUGACACAAAAGAACUAUACAUGGAGAAUAUAAUUAUUCUGGGACGCGUCGAGUGCUUUAUUCAUUUAUCAAGAGCUGAAAUCACAGUUUAUAGGGUGACAGUGGAAGAGCUGUUUCUGUUGAAAGAAGCGUUUCUUGAAAACCGCCACUUCAAACAUUUCUUGCUGCACUACAGGCACUUUGUGGAUGACGGUAUUUCCUACCUGCGACGAAUAAUUCUGGAGAACAGACGACUUCGGGAGACUUUUGGACCUCCAUCUACCACGAACAACAAAUCCAAAGAAAUGGAGUGGUAUUUCAAAAUUCCUUUUACGGACGAUGCUCUUUAUUUUUUCUUUUCCUAUCAACGCUCUCGUUUUGCACGUGUUCCGCUAUCAGUUGUUCCGAAUGUUGCGGUAUAG